GGAGAAAUGGCCACGAUGGAGGUCCGGCAGAGGCAUCACUGGAGCGCUGCAUGAUGGCGUAAUGCACGAAGAGGGUAGAGCUGAUUGAUCUGUUUGUGUGAGGAUGGUCUCGCUCGGAGGUGUGUACAACGCCGGCUUCUACGCGAACGAAGAGCGGGUGACAGGGUUCCACGUGCCGGAGGAGGCGGACGUCGCAGAGCCCAGAAGCAUAUCCAAAGAGGUGCGUGCAGGGCAGUGCAUGACCGAUGUCAACUCAUCCAUCCAUCUGCCGCUGCAUUUGGUGACUUGACUGCGUGGCUGCAGGAGUUGGACAACCUGGCAGGUCGUGUGGCGCGAUAUUGCCUGUACAAGGUCCCCCACAUCAUCCGACACGACGAGCUCAAAGACGCCGUGAGUUCGUCCUCACAAUGUGUGUGCGUCCAACUUGUGUGUGUGGGUGGUGUGUGCAGGUGUUACAGGACCGGGGCAACAGUCCUAGAGGGCACCUCGACGCAGCCAUCAGUGAGGAAUGGACGGAUGCUUGCGCGUCGUUCGUUCAUUCUGUCACUUGUUGGCUCGUUCUUUCGUCAGAGCGUGGCCGCACCUGGCUGGAGCAGGGUCUCGCACUGACCAUCGUGGACCUUGACAAACACACACCAAAGAUAACCAACGAGAUCAAGACAGGUGAGGUGCGUGCGUCAGAGAGUGUGCCAAGGUCACACAUACAUGUGGAUCGGCUACGUGUGGCUGGGUGUGCCUGCUUGUCUGUGUCAACUCAUUCAUCAGGUGGGGGCGUGUUGGCGUCCGAAGUGUCCGGGAAGCGCUACGUGGUGGUCAGCUGCUUCAGCAACCCCAAGCACGCAAGCGCACUCGUCACCAAAGGUAACCACACAUCGGCCGAGCAGCCCUGCCACCCUCCCAACCAAUCGAGUCGGCUCCGUCUGUCUGUCUGUCUGUGUGCAGAUAGCGACCAUUUGGCUCGGGGGUUCUUCAUCUCGUGCCUCAUGGUGCCCUGGAUGUACCGUGGCCUCGCGCCGCUGAAAUUCUGUACGGCUCUGCACGCACGCACACUCCCACCGACACACACAUACAGACAGACAGACAGGUGUUUUAUGGAUGUCGGAUGGGUGUGUGCAGCUGAGGUGAAGGAGGCCUUGGUCAAGCUGAAGCGAGAAGACUUCUUCCAAGUGGAAGACGGUCAGCCAAGCGGCCACGCAGGCAGUGCAGUGCCUAUACAACACAUAACACACCACAGCAUAAGAGGGACACACACACACACAUGGCACAUAAGGAAUGCCGCUCUCUGUCUGUCUGUCUGUAUGUCUGUCUGUCUCUAUGUGUCUGGUUCCCUCCUCUGUCUGUGCGUGGCCAGGUGCCAAGGAGCCGCAGGUGGCGAAGGCGCUGAACCACCUGCGCAAGCUUAAUCUGGUACGUGUGAGCACCGACCAGGCACCAGGGGCAGGGGGGCAUGCGCCGCCACAGAGCAAAGAACAGGUCGGCACACACACACUCAAGGGACACUCGAGUGCCCCUCUAUCCAUCCAUCCAUUCAUCCAUCCAUCCGCCCAUUCAGGAGCUGCAUUACACCGACGACAUGUGGCUGCACCCCGGCCCUCGGUUCGAAGUGGAGUCCAAACGUCAGCAACACACACAGAACUACACAGCCGCACCGAACCCAGUCCAGCUUAGCUAGCUCGUGCACCUGAUUGAUUGUGCUGUCUGUGUCGUGUGGAUGCAUCGGUGCCUGCAGAUUUGUUUGAGUCGAUUGCCGAGUCGCUCAACGAUCGGUUCGGGCUGGAGGGGGAGAGCGAGGUGCCCGACAGGAUGGACCAGGCGCAAGACCAGGACGUCGAUAUGGCCGACGGAUGAACGAAUGGAUGGAUGGAUGGCCGGCCACGCCACCGUCAUGUAUAUGUGUGUGCCUAUACCUGUCAUGUGGAUGUGUGUAGAAAGCUAGACUGACUUGAGAG